CGGAGAAUGAAUUCGUUUGAACUUUGAACUGAAAGCAGAGAGACGAAGAGAACAAACAAAUGUACAGUUAACAGUACUGAAAACUAAACAUCAGAAUUGCGAGAGGGAAUAGAGAAGCUGAGCGAGAAGGAGAAGUAGUGUAGAAAUGGCCGCCGCGGCGAGAGGAGUGAUGGUUUACAAGAUCUACAGGGCGCUAACUCGCGGACUGUCGCCGGUGCUGCAGCUUCACCUGCGGUGGCGCGUGUUCCGCGGCCGCGAGCACCCGGCUCGAUGGCACGAGAGGAUUGGCCGGCCUUCUCUCCCCCGGCCUCUUGGUCCUCUCGUCUGGUUUCACGCUGUCUCCCUAGGCGAAGGGAUGGCUGCGAUUCCAGUCGUCAAGCAGUGCGCUCAUCGGCGGCUUGGGUUGAAUAUUCUGAUGACGACCACGACGAUGUCCGCUUUUAAGGUGCUCGAGAAUGAUCUUCCGGGUGGCGUUCUGCACCAGUUUUGUCCUGUGGAUACCCCGGCUGCCAUUGAUGCUUUCCUGUGCUACUGGAGGCCAUCUGCAGUUAUCUUAAUGGAGAGUGAGCUGUGGCCGAAUCUGAUUAUGAUUUCUUCAACUAAGGGCAUUCCACUUACAUUAUCGAAUGCUCGGAUGUCUGUUAAGUCCUUCAGAUUUUGGUCAGGUUUGGCCCUUCCGUUGAUAUCGUUGAUGCUAUCCAAGUUUGCUUUGAUUGUCCCACUGAGUACCACACAGGGAAUACGCUUCCAGCUUUUGCAAGCUCCACCUUUAAUCGUAAAUUUCGCCGGUGAUUUGAAAUACGUGGUAGAACAUGACAUGUCCAAGAGGAAUAUAGCAAGCACAAAAGAUUUAAAGGAACAGCUCUCUGAUAGGCAUGUAUGGAUGGCUGCAUCAAUUCACAGAGGUGAAGAACAAGGUGUGUUCCAGCUGCACUGGCUUCUUGCUUGGUCUGUCUAUGCCUCAUUAAUGCUAGCAGUUCACAGAUCGUUGGUGCAAAGGUACCCUGACUUGGUGACUAUUAUUGUCCCUCGCCACCUGCAGCUUGCACACCAUAUCGUUGAAGAAUUGCAGAAAGAAGGACUUCAUGUAGCCUUGAGGUCUCGAAAGCAAAAGAUAACGGCUAGAGGAAUGGUGUACGUGGUCGACACUUUAGGUGAAUUGAGGCGCCUAUAUAGUCUAACUCCAAUAGCCGUCAUUGGAGGUUCCUUCUGUCCUGGUUUCACUGGCCAUAACAUAUCCGAAGCUGCCGCAGCUGGCUGUGCUGUUUUAACUGGUUUUCAUGUCGGACACUUCUCACACAUGAUAAAUGAAAUGCAACGACUGGAUCCUCUUUCAGUUGUGCAGGUGUCUGGAAAGGAAGAGCUUCAAGAAACUCUCUUUCAGCUCUUCAGUGACACAGAGUUGCUAAAAGUACGACGCAUGGCUUCAAAACAAACGUUCGAUACCCUGUCAAGUGGAAUUCUUGCCAACGUUUGGAACCUCUUAGAUACCCAUGUCAUCGACAGGAUCUGCAUACCGGAAGAAGAAAAUGAAAAUCGUCAUUCCUCAUAA